GGAAGAGAAAAGGAGGACAAACCUGAAAGAGUUGCAAUGUAUAAAAGAGGAACAAAAUCUGUUUGCUUUUUGCUGCUGGCACUUCUUUGGGACAGUGGUUACGUCUUAACUAUAAAAAGAGGCGAUACUGCAGCCCAUGUGAAUCUCGCAGCAUUUCAUCGUCUUCCUUACCGAUGUAACGUGGAUGGUUUUAAUAACUGGUUUAAAGUGGGCAAGUACUGCGUCAAAUACUUCAGCAAACCUCUAAACUUUACUGACGCAGAGAACAGCUGUAGAAGAACAGUCCCUGGUGGACACCUGGUGUCAGUGCACAAUGCCAAGGCUAAUCAUGACUUGCUCUCCAUUGUGAAGUUGAAGAACCCAACAAACUUGCGCAUGUGGCUUGGGGCAUAUGAAUUAUUUCAGUCUGGUAAAUUUCUUUGGACGGAUGGUUCCUUCUGGGACUAUGCUGUUUGGACACCCGGUGAGCCCAGCAACCUCUACUCUAGAAGAGAAGAAUGUGUGGAGAUGAACUGGAAAGUUGUUGGCAAAUGGAAUGAUCACGGUUGUAACAGCAGAAAAGGCUACAUAUGUGCCUUCAAACGCAAGCGCAUCAUGGAUGAGUAGACUGAGAUGAUUUAUCACCCCAUAAAACAUUCAGCGUAGUGGCCCACCACACCCUGCUCGCAAUCAAUGUGUGGGUCAAUGAGAAGAAGAUGAAUUUAAACAAUUGUACUGUAGUAUCAGGGUGUCAUGAUUCUGCCCUCUUGUCCUUGUUCUACUCUAGUUUUGAGGCAGGAUCAUGACAGGUCUAUGUUUUGUUUGCUAGCACAUGGCCUUUUGCUUGGGCUGUGUGCUUGCGUGUCUCGUCUCCUGACCCCACCCCCUCGUCUCCUCGUAAUCAUUCUUUAAUUGUUUGAUCACUGUCACCUGGCUGUUCC